CCUUCCGCCAUCGUUCGAACCAUGUCGACAAUCACUAGCACUGCUCUCCAGAGCUCUCAGGCGUACGUUUCUCUCUUAUUCUCCUCCUCUCAUUAGCAUCCUUCUAUCAACAACUCUCGUCCCCCUGCUACUCCCCCACACGUCCUCAAUGGAAGAGCCCGAAACUUACACUCAGGAUGAGCGAUUCGACCAAUUUUUUAGCCCAAUCCUACCAGCUUCCUUCUCCGCGAACCAGCCAAAGACCAUCCGUCUUUACCCGUUAUCUAACUACACCUUCGGUACCAAAGAGAACCAGCCCGAAGAGGACCCCUCUGUCCUCGCCCGUCUGCAGCGUUUACAAGAACAUUACGAGCAGUAUGGUAUGCGACGCACCUGCGAAGGCAUCCUUGUUUGUCACGAGCACUGUCAUCCGCAUAUCCUCAUGCUUCAAAUUGCCAAUGCUUUCUUCAAGUUGUAUGCUUACGUUCCCUUUUGGUUCUCGCUGCCAUUUUUGUUGCUGAUAGGGAGUGUGUGAUUGCUAGGCCAGGCGAUUACCUCCAUCAUCACGAGAGCGAGCUGGAAGGUUUCAAGUCUCGUCUAAAUGAACGCCUUGCUCCUGUCGGUAGCCAAUUUUCCGGCGAGGGUGUUAACGAUGAGUGGGAAAUUGGUGAUACUCUCGCUCAGUGGUGGAGGCCAAACUUUGAGACUUUCAUGUACCCAUUUAUCCCAGCGCAUGUCACCAGGCCUAAAGAGUGCAAGAAGCUAUACUUUAUCCAGCUCCCCAGAAGCAGUUCCGUCUCCCCCUUCCUUCCAUCUCGCAAAAUACUUUGCUGAUAAUGCGACUGCGCAUGGGGAUCCAGAGGUACUAUCGGUUCCGAAAAACAUGAAAUUAUUGGCCGUACCGCUUUUCGAGUUGUAUGAUAAUACUGCACGUUACGGUCCUCAGCUUUCUGCAAUCCCCCAUCUGCUUAGCAGAUACAACUUUGAGUUCGUUGAUGAGAACGGAAAGGUUGUCGCGGUCACCCCAGGCGGGGGUCCCGACGGAGAGCCGCAGACAAAGGUACUCGCAGGAGGGGAGGAGAAUGGGGAUAUCAAAACUGAAUAG